AUGGGAGGGAGCAGGGCAGUUCGUUGCCCCGUGCUCAGGCUGAAUGAGGAUAACGCUCGCUUCGCGUUGCUGGCACUGUUCAUCCUGCUGUACCUGGUGUGCGGGGCGGCGGUGUUCUCAAGCAUAGAGCGGCCCGUGGAGCUGCGGGCACAGCGGGCAUGGAGCAGAACGUUCACCAACUUUACCCGGUGCCACAACAUCAGCCGCCUGGAGCUAGGCGCCUUCCUCAGGGAGUAUGAGCAAGCCAGUUUAGCCGGUAUCAGGGUGGAUCCCCUUCGACCCAGAUGGGACUUCACUGGAGCCUUUUAUUUUGUGGGGACGGUGGUGUCCACUAUAGGAUUUGGGAUGGCUACCCCGGUGACUGUCGGCGGGAGAGUCUUCCUGAUCUUCUACGGCCUGGUGGGUUGCGCUGCCACCAUUCUGUUCUUCAACCUGUUCCUGGAACGGAUUAUCACGCUAUUGGCCUACAUCCUGCGCUGGUUCCAUGAGAGGAGGAGGCAGCGGAGUGGACUGUCGGGGACCUCUGAGGGCCGGCGAGGUUCUAGCCCCUCGGGGGAGGCAGACAGCUUGGACGACUGGAAGCCCUCGGUCUACUACAUCAUGGCCAUUCUCGGGGGAGCGACGCUGUUCAUCUCCUGCUGCGCAUCGGCCAUGUACGUGCCCGUUGAGGGGUGGAGCUACGUCGAGUCACUGUACUUCUGCUUCGUCGCCUUCAGCACCAUCGGGUUCGGCGACUUGGUAAGCAGCCAGAAGGCCACAUAUGCCAACCAAAGCCUGUACCGGGCGGGCAACUUCCUUCUCAUCCUGAUGGGGGUCUGCUGCCUCUACUCCCUGUUUAACGUCUCCUCCAUCGUCAUCAAGCAGUUCCUCAAUUGGUUGCUGAGGAGGAUGGAGUGCCAGGGUUGCCGACGAGGCCCGGGCCGGAGGAGGGCGAGGGCUCACUGCAAUGCCGUUCACCCGGCUGCGGCGGCAAAGGCCAGGCCACACGCCGUUUCCAUGGAGACAGUGGGCGACAGUGACACCGAUGGGCGCCGGGUGUCGGGCGAGAUGAUCUCGGUCAAAGAUUUCUUGGCGUCCAAUAAGGUUGCCUUGGCCAUCAUGCAGAAGCAGCUCUACGAGAGCGCCAAUGGAGGCCCCAGGCAAAGCCACUCUCGCUACAACAGCUUCUCGCGAGGCGUCGGUGCCCUAGCCAUCAUGAACAACAGGUUGGCAGAGACCAGCAUGGACAGGUAA